GACCGCUCUAAGCUGUGAGCGCUCAUCUCUCCUCUCCUUCACCAGCGCGUCUUUUACUGUUGACAUAGAAACUUUAAAGAGGUGAGAGGCAAAACGUCAAAACGCUAACAAAUCACCGUCGACAGCGCGCGUCAACAAAUAAAAAAGGGGGGAAAGAAAAGAACCAUCAAGUCCGAGAAAAGCGGUGGAGCCGGGAGAAAGACGGAGCUAUGCCAUCUCCCGCCGAGGAGAGCCCAGUCCUCCUCUGUUGCGUGUCGGAGCUGCAGCAUGGUGUCUCUCUCUGGACUCUGGACCUACUGCCUCGCCCCCGGGAGACCUCAUCUCCUCUUCCUCACCGCCAGACCGCUCCUGCUGCUUCUUUUACUAGCCGCCUUCUCCUCCCCGGAGUCCUGCUUCCCGCACCCUCAACCUUGCCACAUCCUCGCCCGGAUAGGACACACCGUGCGCCUCGGUGCGCUCUUGCCGACCCGCCAGCCGGCACGGAUACAAAACGCGCUCAACCGCGCCCUGGCUAGCCUCCGGCACCAGAGCGGAGGGGCAGACUCCUCCACGACAGCCUCCCAAACACCUCCUCUGCUGCCCUACAACCUGAGCCUAGAGAUGGUGGCGCGAUCGCCCGCUGGAGGGGACCCGGAGUCGUUGUCCCGUAGCACCUGCCAGGACCUGGUGGUCAGGGGGGUGUCCGCUGUGCUUGCCUUUCCCCGCUCCAGGGAAGAGUUGAUCCAGGUGGAGUUUCUCUCCUCUUUCCUGGAGAUCCCCUUCAUCUCCAUCCUGGAGGAAACAGAACCCCUUGUGACUAAGAACCGAUUCCACCUGCAGAUGUCAGCCCGUGUGCCUCCAUCAACCCUAGGCAGCCUGCUGCUGGCGGUCCUGCAGGGGAGAGAAGGGGACAGGGACAGAGGAAGCCGGGGGGAAAGCAGCUGGGGAGGAGCAGCUGUGAUCUGCCCCGGGUGGGAGGAAGGGGGUGAAGGGUUGCUGUCUCACCUGCAGAUGCACAGUGGUUCUAACUGGCAUUUGUGGGAUAUCAUCAACAUGACCCUCAUCUCCGGGGGCGCGGAUAGAAGGGGGGAGACCAGGGAGGAGAAGAAAGAGGAUCAGAGGGAAGAGGAGGCUUUGAAGAUCCUCUCCACCCGUUUCCUGCGCUCCCCCUCUCCUAUCUCCUCCGUUCUCCUCCUGGGAUCUGAUCCCGAGUGCCUCUCCUCCAUCCUGCGGGCCGCUCAGCGCCUCGCUCCAUUACUACCAGCACUGCAGUGGAUCAUGGGAUAUCCCUUGUCUCCAGAUUCGCUCCACACUCUGGGAGGUCCCCUUGGACUGUUAGCCUACGGGGAGGUGGGCCGCAAGCCAAUCAGCUUCUACAUCCGGGAUGCUUUGCAGUUGAUCGGCCGCGCGUUCACUGCGGCGACCAUGGUGAGCCCGGACCUGGCGCUGAUUCCAAACGUGGUGAAUUGUUACGACAAACCAAACCAACAAGAGCUGCCCUCCUCAGGACAAUAUCUGGCCAGGUUCCUCUCCAACACUUCCUUCACCGGGGCCACAGGCCUGAUCCAGGUGGAUGCUGGCCUCUCUCGGGUCCUCACCUCCCAGCUGUUCCACGUGUGGAGCCUGAAGAGGGGUGCUCUUGGCCAGCCGGCCUGGGUGACUGUAGGCCAGUGGACCCGAGGCAGGCUGGAGCUAGAAGGGGGGAUCCUGGGACUGGUGGGAGGGUUUGGGAGCAGCCAGGGACAAGGUCUUGGAGCCGGGGUGAGGGGAGGGGACGGCCAGGGGGACAAUAACGCUGAAGGACGCUGGAGGCCGGGAGAAUCCGUUGAGGGACACCGCCUGCAGGUGGUGACACUGGUGGAACACCCGUUUGUCUUCACACGGGAGGUGGAUGAGGAUGGAUUGUGUCCAGCUGGUCAGCUCUGUCUGGAUCCCAGAACCAACCGGUCCGACUUAAUCCAGAGCCUCUUCAACCAGCUGCACAACCCAAACACUUCAGUUGCAGACUGGGAGGGGAAUGAACUACCGGAGGACCUGAGGAAGUGCUGCUACGGGUACUGCAUCGACUUGUUGGAGAAACUGGCCGAGGACAUGGGUUUCACCUUUGACCUUUACAUUGUGGGAGAUGGGAAGUACGGAGCGUUGAGCGGGGCAGGGCGCUGGACGGGGCUGGUCGGGGACCUGCGGAGCGGAACCGCUGACAUGGCUGUCACCUCUUUCUCUAUCAACUCUGCCCGGAGCAGGGUCAUCGAUUUCACCUCGCCCUUCUACUCCACCAGCCUGGGCAUUUUGGUUCGUAGCCGGGACACUGCAGCCCCCAUCGGAGCCUUCAUGUGGCCUCUCCACUGGUCCAUGUGGGUGGGUAUUUUUGUCACGCUGCAUCUCACCGCGCUCUUCCUCACCUUGUACGAGUGGAACAGCCCCUUCGGCAUGACUCCCCAUGGCAGGAACAGGCUGCGUGUGUUCUCCUACUCCUCCGCCCUCAAUCUCUGCUACGCCAUACUGUUUGGACGUACUGUCGCCACCAAGACUCCUAAAUGCUGGACCGGGCGCUUCCUGAUGAACCUUUGGGCAAUCUUCUGCUUACUGGUGCUGUCUAGCUACACCGCCAACCUAGCUGCGGUCAUGGUCGGGGAGAAGACCUUCGAGGAGGUCUCAGGAAUUCAUGAUGAUAAGCUGCACCAUCCAUCCCUGGGCUUCCGUUUUGGGACGGUGAGGGAGAGCAGCGCUGAGGAUUACAUGAAGAAGAGCUUCCCAGAGAUGCACGAGUACAUGAGACGCUUCAACCAGCCCACCACCCCAGAGGGCGUACAUAUGUUGAAGACAGAUCCUCCUGCCCUGGAUGCGUUCAUCAUGGACAAAGCCCUGUUGGACUUUGAGGUCUCUAUCGACGCGGAGUGCAAACUGCUCACUGUGGGGAAGCCUUUCGCUAUUGAAGGCUACGGUAUAGGCCUGCCCCAGGGCUCUCCCCUAACCCGUAAUGUGUCAGAGUUCGUGAGUCGCUACAAGUCUGACGGCUUCAUGGACAUGCUACAUGACAAAUGGUAUAAGGUUGUGCCCUGCGGGAAGCGAGUCUUUGCAGUCACUGAGACUCUACAGAUGGGGAUCCAGCAUUUUUCCGGCCUGUUUGUGCUGCUGUGUAUGGGGGUGGGUGGAGCCUUGCUGACCUUGGCAGGUGAACACACCUUCUAUCACCUGGUCAUCCCUCGCCUCCGGCGCACGCACACACUGCAGUACUGGCUGCACACCAGCCAGAAAAUCCACCGAGCCCUCCACACCACGUAUGAGGAUGUUGGAAAGGAGCUGACAGACCUCGACCAAAACCCCUCCUCUUGUAUCUCAGAGAACUGCACCCUACACAGGAAACAGCAUCAGCCUCCUCCCCCAUCCCCUCCCACAUCCCUCCCUGCUUCCACGACAGCUGGAGACACCUGCAACUCCUCACCAUCCCAUGAGCCCAAGGAGAAACGCGUGCACUUUGACCUGGAAACCCUCCACAGCUACCGCCUGCGCACACACACCGCCUCAGUGCGCGGCAGGCCUGGUAUGGUCGGCCGUCCUGGGCUCGGGUUAGGAGGGUGGGGGCUAGGCAGUUUUACCUCCCCUCCACAGAUUAGCCUCCAUGCUAACGGGGGCCCCGUUUGUUCACUGGCUUCCACAGGCUUGGUGCUCUCUCCCCUGGGUAGCAGGGCCGCUCAGACCAGCCUAUGGGAGGGGGAGCUCCACGACCUGCAGGGGAAGAUUGAGACGUUCCGCACCCAGCUGAGAGAGGCUCUGGCCAGGAGAGCAGAGAUCCAGAGCAGCCUGGAGAGAGAGAGGAGCGGACUUGUACGCAGGGAUACCAGUCUGGAGAGGGAAAGGGACAGACAGAGGAUACAAACUAUUAACACAGACAGAAGUAGCUCCACUCAGCCCAAACUCCCUGAGAGAGACAGGACCAGCCAACUGCAAACCCUGAAUAAUCAACAAACAGGGAGGGCUAACCAAUCAGGCGGUCCUGGGACUCUGGAGCACGGGAGAAGCAGCCAAUUAAACACAGUGAACAGUUUGGACAGAGGGAGAGCCAACCAGUUACGCUCUGUUAAUACUUUGACGGGAGAAAGGACUGUCCAUUCACGCACUUCCACCAGUUUGGAGCGAAGUCGAGUCAACCAGCCAGGGGCUGGAAACAUAACUGUCCAAUCGCGGAACACUUCUAGCUUGGACAGACAGAUGGCUAACCAAUCACGCACUCUGAACACUUUGGAGAGUACAAAAGCCAACCAAUCAAGUGUAAGCAGUGGGACUUGAUUGUCUUUCUGAAGCCUCUGGUGUGUAGGAUCACGGAAGGAGUAGUACAGUUGGUACUUACAUAGCCGUGGGAAGAUGGCUGUGUUGGAAUGGGUUAAGUUUAGGGGACGCUUGCUAAAAAAUGACAGUAUAUGUUAACUCACACCAUUACUUACUGCAAACUAAUAAUUUUCACACUCAGAAUUAUUUCCACUCUCGCUUAAAAUCACACCUAAAAAAACAUUAACCGCAAUUCAAGAUCUUGUAAAAUAACUAUAUUAUCCAUGAAAUCAUAAAUAAGCAAUGUAAUCUUUUGGAAUGAAAGCCAAUAUAAUUUCAGCCAAAUCUCAGUAUACUUUCAGAAGAACAAGAUCAGAAAAACUGGGAUUAGCCAUGGGAAUAUGGGUAAUCUGGCAAUGCUAAAACCACUGUGCUUAUUGAGGAGACCUGGGGUUCACAUGAGGAACCGUCAAUCACAGCUGUCUGACAAACACAAGACUAUCACCUGAAUGCAAAUAAGGCCUGUUACACAGAGGCCUACAAGCACACAGAGACAUCAGUGACAAGAGCACAGAAAAAUC